AUGAAGAUUAUCAGCAAAGAGGAGGAAAAGGCCCACUACGAUGAGGUGCUCAAGGGCGGCAUGAUAGGCGGCGGGCUCGGCCUCGCGUUGGGUGUGGUAGGCGUCAUCGGCGCACAGAAGCGGUAUUCGGGAUUCCGGGCGCUGACAUUGCCGUUCCGGUCAUUCCUCGUAACGUCGGCGGGCACGUUCGGCGCCAUCAUUACGGCGGAGCGCUACAGCGUGACGUUUCAGCGCGCCAAGGACCCCAUGAACUCGUACAAGGACGCGUCGCAGCUCGCCUUAGAGGAGGCGCGCCACAACGAGUCGGCCGCCAAGCGCUUCAUGGACUGGGGCCGCGAGAACCGCUACACCAUCGUCCUGUCGUCGUGGAUCGCAUCAAUGGGCCUCGCCAUGGCCAUCGUCAGCCGCAGCAAGUACCUCAGCACCAGCCAGAAGGUCGUCCAGGCCCGUGUCUACGCCCAAGGCCUGACCCUCGCCGUGCUCAUUGCCACGGCCGCUUUCGAGACGGCCGACGCCAAGAGCGGCAAGGGCCGCUGGGAGACAGUCAUGGUCAUCGACCCCAACGACCCCACGCACAGGCACCUGAUUGAGAAGCGGAUCGAGAAGGAGGAUUACGAAGGUCAAAAUCUUUGGAAAGAUAUGGUCGUUGCCGAAGAGAAGAGGUUAGAAGAGCAGAAGAAGACCCGUGAAGCCGUCGCAGAGAAGCAAUAG